AUGCCUAGCAAGACAGGAAGAGUUAGAAUGCCAGCUGACAAUAGAUUACCUGUGUCAGCUUCCUUAAAAACCUCAGAAAUUUGGAAAAAUUCAGUUGGAUAUGAUCCUUAUGCAUCUAUUGAAGAAAUAAAUAAUAAGAAAAAUAAGAAAACUGAAGAAAUAAAUGAAAAAGCACAAAGCUUAUUUAAUUUGGCAAGAUUAACAGGUAAUGCAUCUUCUACUAUACCAGGGGCUUGUAGUCUUUGUAAUCAUGUAGGGCAUUUGCCUUAUCAGUGUAGAAACUUUAUAAAUUUAGAAAAGCAGAACUUUCAGAAUGAUAUAAAAGAAAACGCUGAAGACGACCUAAAAGAAAGAAAAUAUUUAGGACUUAUAAGUAGUGAAAAUGAAAGUAAAAGUGAUAGCGAAAGUGAUAGUGAAAGUAAAAGCGAUAGUAAAAGUGAGAGUGAUAGCAAAAGUGAGAGUGAUAGUAAAAGUGAGAGUUAUAGUAAAAGUGAAAGUGAUAGUAAAAGUGAAAGUGAUAAUAAAAGUGAAAGUUAUAGUAAAAGUGAUGAUUCAUAUUAUAGAAAAAAAAAUAAAACGAAAAGCAAAAAAAAAAAUCAUAGACAUAAAAAAUGGAAACAUAAUAAAAAUAUGAAAAAAAAACACAAAGAUAUUAAUAAUAAACAUGAUAAACAUAAAUAUGGAAAAAAAAAAUAUAAAAAAGAUAAAGAGAAGAUAGUUCCUAAAAAAAGUAAAGAUAUAUACAACAGUGAUAAUGAAAAAAAAAAUAAAGAUAAUUAUAAUAGCAAAAAGUAUAAAAAAUUAGAUAUCAGAGACAAAAAAAUUAAAAAAAAAAAAAAAGAAAAAUAUAAAAAGAAAAAUAAAAAAUACAAUAGAAGUUCCUCUAAUUCUUGA